AUGAGCGUUAUAACAAAUGGAAGGACUGAUCAAGACGUUCUUGGCUCUAUUCCUGUCCUCGCCGUUAAAUCUUUUCCACCUUUGUCACGUACACCGCCGUUAUCGUACUCGGUCCCGCGCUCACAUAUUGUCACUAGCUCUUUCCAUGGAACAUUGCGUAAACGCAGUCAUAGUGGCGAUAUGCUCUUGUUGAAGUCCGUUGAGACAUCUUCUCGUUUUGCAAUUGCAGCAACCCACGUGUCGAUUGCGCUGUGUUCCUCUUUGGGCGAGUCCUUGGCUGCAGAAAAAUUACGAUUAGGAUCAACAUCUUUUGUCAGGUGGCAGUUACCAGUUCUUUCACAGCCAAAACGUAGCGGUGUGAGAUACAGAGUCUUACGUCAACGGGGAAAGUUUCCAAUGUCAAGAAGAUGCCUCGUGCUACGACUGCAGUCGAUAUAA